UUUUUAUCCCUUUAUCUCCUCCUCCUCUGGUUUCCCUUGUUCUCGCUCUCGAGUGCUCAGUCGCUCGCUCGGGCUUUUUUGUAUGAGCAGCACGGUCCCGAAGAAACAAUGUGUGUGUGUUAGACUGAGAAAACAGAGACUUUCGGGAAAAGACAGACAGAUAGACGCAAGGAAACACAGCAGUGAAGAAUGGAGGACAGUACGACAGAUUUAGCUCCAGCGUGCAACUCUACGGCCAUGCUGAACCACAACUGCACCGAUGACAGUAUAUCUGCAGCGAGCGCCUCAGACGUGCAGGACCGGCUGUCGUCUUUGGAGCUGCGGGUUCAGCAGCAGGAGGAUGAGCUGACCGACAUGAAGGCUGCGCUGGCCGAUGUGCUGCGACGUCUGGCUCAGUCGGAGGACUCUGCUGCAGCCGCUGCCAAAAAACAACAGAACACCAAAGGUCAGGCCCCGAUGCGUGAGGCGUAUUCGAUGUCCUGUAUCGCCAAUGGCAGUUCCAGCGGCCGCAAAUCUCACAGAGACACCGCCACAGUGUCUGUAGCCAGAAAAGAGACUCUCUCCUCCGCUGCUAAGAGUGGCAGCGAGAGGAAAAAAGACAAGCCUUCAAUGGAGGAGAUCAAGGAGAAAGAGGAGCCUCCGCAGGCUAAUGAUAAACCUCCAUCAGCGGCCCCGUCCCCGUCCAGCAACCCCCCGUCCCCUCACCCUCAGCCCCCGCAGCCCCAGAGACAGGCCUCGGUCCCGGCCAAAAGGGGAAGCAGUGCGAAACGCGGUAUGGAGCGUUCUCAGAGCAGCACGUGGGACAGCGCAGACGACAGCAGGAAUAAGCUGGUGAAAGCAGCCUCCACUUCCAAACUCUUGUCCAAAGUGGUGAAGAACGCAGAGAAACACAGAGAUCCAGUCAUCAGCCAAGCUAAAAUGUCAACACGUGAAAAGAACAGUCAAGAGGGAGAGUUCAUCAAGAUGUUCAUGCGAGGUCGACCCAUCACCAUGUUCAUCCCGUCAGACGUGGAGAAUUAUGACGAUGUUCGCACUGAACUUCCCCCAGAGAGACUCAAGCUGGAGUGGGUAUACGGCUACAGGGGACGUGACUGUCGUGCAAACGUAUACUUGCUGCCGACUGGAGAGAUCGUGUACUUCAUCGCCUCAGUAGUUGUGCUCUUCAACUAUGAGGAGCGGACCCAGCGCCACUAUGUGGGGCACACCGACUGCGUCAAAUGCCUCGCUGUUCACCCGGAUAAGAUCCGCAUCGCCACAGGACAGAUUGCAGGAGUGGAUAAAGACGGCAGGCCGCUGCAGCCACAUGUGAGGAUCUGGGACUCUGUCAGUCUGUCCACACAGCAGAUCAUCGGCCUCGGCACCUUCGAGAGAGGAGUCGGGUCCCUCGCUUUCUCCAAAGCCGACUCACGUACUCAUCUCAGUGUGAUUGACGACUCGAAUGAACACAUGCUCACCGUAUGAGACUGGCAGAAGAAAUCGAAAAUCGCAGAGAUUAAGACCACCAAUGAAGUGGUCUUGGCAGUGGAGUUUCACCCGACUGAUGCCAACACCAUUGUCACUUGUGGGAAAUCUCAUAUCUUCUUCUGGACCUGGAGCGGCUCUUCGCUCGCCCGUAAACAAGGCAUCUUUGGUAAAUACGAGAAGCCUAAGUUUGUGCAAUGUUUGGCCUUCCUCAAUAAUGGAGACAUCCUGACCGGGGAUUCAGGAGGAAUCAUGCUGAUAUGGACCCGCAGCACUGCUGAACCAGCACCAGGCAAAGGCCCCAAAGGAGCGUUUCAGAUCGCACGGCAGAUCAAGGCUCACGACGGCAGCGUCUUCACUCUGUGUCAGAUGAGGAACGGCACUCUGCUCACCGGCGGCGGAAAAGACCACAAGAUCAUCCUGUGGGACCACGACCUGCACCCAGAGAGAGACAUCGAGGUCCCGGAUCAGUAUGGCACCAUUCGUGCGGUGGCCGAAGGCAAAGGCGAUCAGUUUCUGGUGGGAACGUCACGCAACUUCAUCCUGAGAGGAACCUUCAAUGACGGAUUCCAGGUGGAAGUGCAGGGACACACUGAUGAGCUGUGGGGUUUGGCCACACACCCCUUUAAGGACCUGUUCCUCACCUGUGCUCAGGACAGACAGGUGUGUUUGUGGAGCUCAGUGGAUCACGUGCUCGAAUGGACCAGACUGCUGGACGAGCAUGGCCACUGUGCAGAUUUCCACCCCAGCGGCUCAGUUGUGGCCAUUGGCACUCACUCAGGGAAGUGGUAUGUUCUGGACGCAGAGACGAGGGAUCUGAUUGCCAUCCACACAGACGGCAACGAGCAGCUCUCAGUGAUGCGCUACUCUGUCGAUGGCACGCUGCUGGCAGUGGGAUCACAUGAUAACUUCAUUUACCUCUACACGGUGUCGGACAAGGGACGCAAGUACAGCAGAUAUGGGAAAUGCACUGGACAUUCCAGCUACAUUACACAUCUUGACUGGUCCCCCGACAACAAGUUCAUCAUGUCCAACUCAGGAGACUACGAAAUCCUUUACUGGGACAUUCCAAACGGCUGUAAGCUGAUCCGCAACCGCUCCGAGUGCAAAGACAUCGACUGGGCCACGUACACCUGCGUGCUCGGCUUCCACGUCUUCGGCGUUUGGCCGGAGGGCUCAGAUGGCACAGAUAUCAAUGCGCUGAUACGAUCCCACAACAGGAAGGUGAUCGCUCUGGCUGAUGACUUCUGUAAAGUACACCUCUUCCAGUAUCCCUGCUCCAGGCCCAAGGCCCCAAGCCACAAGUACAGCGCCCACAGCAGUCACGUGACCAAUGUGAGCUUCAUGCACAACGAUAGUCACCUGGUUUCCACGGGUGGCAAGGACAUGAGCAUCAUGCAGUGGCGUCUAGUGGAAAAAACCUCUUCAUUGGUGCACAGCGACUCCAGUCUGGGCUUCGGCGACUCCUUUCUGAACAACUCCACCCCUCGGGGGCUGCCAUCGGUACCCAGCAUCCCCAACACUCCUACUGAGCCUGUGCCGAUGGCGGUGCCAGUCUCACUAGCCAUCAGCACCCAUCCCGACUCCAACACUCCACCUCCAACACCCCCUGAACCCCUGCAUAAGGCCACUCCUAAUGGACAGCAGGACGGCUCGCCGGAAACUCCGCCCCCUUCUGAUGAUGCCACGCCCCCUUCCGACAGCACUCUGAGCCCAAAGGACAGCCUAGAGCCUAGUGAUGAUACAGCCACGCCCAGUGACGAGGGCACACCCUUUAACCCGCCCUUAUAAGGUGUCUAGCCCUUCCUCUUUCUCUCUUGCUCAAUAGCGCGCCCAGAGGCACCAGCAUGACACUGCAGCCUUCCUGUGGGAUUACAGCAGCAGAGUCUCCUCGGUUUUUUUAUCCUUUCGAGAUUUUCUUUUCAUUUGUGUCUUAGUUUUGUUAAUGUUUUGUUCUGUGGUCGUGGAGGCAUUGGUUUGGCUUGGAUGGUGAGAGAUUUGGAAUUUGUAGUUAAAACCAGUAAAUUUACACUGACACACACACACACAAACACUAAUACAGACAUUCAUACGCGAUUCGGUAACUGAUUAUGUUAAAGGUGGAAUUAAAUCAGUUUACCUGCCUGAGUUCACACAGGCCAACACACAAAUGAAACAAAAUCAACACAAGCUUUUUUCUAUACUUAAAGGGUGAAAUUAAUUAAUUAAUUACCAAAUCUGUACUUCACUUAUGAGGUUUACUAUAAAUCUUUUGGUCUUUAUUGGCUCGUCCUCAUAUCGUUCCAGACCUGUUUGACUGUCCUUCUUAUGUGCAUAAUAGAAAAGAUCUUUUGAGGAUCUUUUGAAAUGUUUGAGAAACCUUUGAGGAUCUUUCGAAGAGGUUUCGAGGGUCUUUUAAGGUAGCUUCACAUAUUUUUCAAAGCUGUUUCAAAGAUCUUUUGUGGAUGUCUUGAGGAUCUUUCGAAAAUGUUUCAAGAAUCUUUCAAGGCUCUUUUGAGAAUCUCUCAAAGAUGUUUUAGGGCUCUUUUGAGGGUUUUUAAAAGAUGUUUAGAGGCUCUUUUGAGAAUUAUUCAAAGAUCUUUCGAGGCUUUUUAAAGAAUCUUUCGAGUCUCUUUUGAGAAUCUUUCAAAGAUCUUUCAAGGCUCUUUUAGGAAUCUUUCAAGGAUCUUUCGAGGCAAUUUUGAGAAUCUUUCAAAGAUGUUUCGAGGCUCUUUUGAGAAUUUCUCAAAGAUGUUUCGAGGCUCUUUUGAGGGUUUUUAGAAGAUGUUUAGAGGCUCUUUUGAGAAUUAUUCAAAGAUCUUUCGAGGCUUUUUUAAGAAUCUUUCGAGGCUUUUUUAAGAAUCUUUCGAGGCUCUUUUAAGAAUCUUUCGAGGCUCUUGAGAAUCUUUCAAAGAUCUUUCAAGGCUCUUUUAGGAAUCUUUCAAGGAUCUUUCGAGGCUCUUUAUAGAAUCUCUUAAAGAUGUUUAGAGGCUCUUUUGAGAAUUUUUCAAAGAUGUUUCGAGGCUCUUUUAAGAAUCUUUCGAGGCUCUUUUGAGAAUCUCACAAAGAUGCUGCGAGGCUCUUUAAGGAAUCUUUCAAGGAUCUUUUGAGGCUCUUUUGAGAGUCUCUUAAGAGUCUCUCAAAUAUGUUACAAAGAUCCGUUGCGGAUUUAUAAAAAAAAAAAAAAUAUGUCUUGAGGUUCUUUCAAAGAUGUUUUGAGGAUCUUUUGAAUACAUUUCAAAGAUCAUUUGAGGGUUUAUUCAAAUAUUUGAGGAUGUCUUUAGGUUCUUUAAAAGAGAAGAUGUUUUGAGGAUCUUUCGAGUACCUUUUGAAGUUUUUUUAAAAUAGUUUCAAGGAUCUUUUAAGCACUUUUCAAAGACCUUUUGACAGUUUUGCUCCAAUUUCACUUGUGUUCUUUAAAAUAUCUUCUUCUGUUUUGCAGAAGGCAACUUAAACAGGUUUGGAAUGACAUGAAGUUGAGUAAAUGUUCAUUUUUAGGUGAACUAAGCUUUAAAUCACGUUUGAAUGUUCAUUUGUGUUCUCUCUCACUUUCUGUGAACAUUGGUGGAGGAACUGGGUGUGAAGCUAAUUUGCCUGCUUGCAUAGCAUCUGUCCCUGAGCCAAAAACUAUAGGACGUGCAAAUCUGGUGAUGCCAGGCAGGUGUUCCUGGUUCAUACGUUGGACUCAAGGACCUCAAUAUUCCAGGCUGCUUCUGCUGGUCAUCAUGGUCAUGGAUACCUUGAAUUUCAACCAUAAUUUUUGCCUUGAAUUUACUGAACAAUAGCCAUGUACAGCUGUGCACGACAUUCAGUAUAUCCGCAGCGAACACAUUCUCACACAAGCCUGACCUGCAACAAAAACAGGUCUGCAUGGUGAUAAACAGCCGAUAUAUAGUAGUUCCAGUCUCACCCAGCUGUCUAAGAUACCGCGCCACUCUUACAUCUCCUUUUUUUACACUGGAGAUUUUCAUACCAUCCGUUUUAAACUCUCAUCCAAAUGACUCUUUUCUCACUGAGACCGAAUUGUUUUUAGGUUUAAUUUUGGGACUGUCUUUCUUGUCAUUUUGUUCAUUGGACUGAGAUGUUCUUGUUUUUUAUCAUGCGAGAAAGGAAAGAUUAAACGAGUCUUAAAUGUGA